AUGUUGGCCUCCUGUACAUCCCGAGCGUUGCGCUCAUCAGUCACCCGUCUGCAAGGCAGACGCUUUGCUUCCCAUGAAGCACCGCAGUACAACGAACCCACCGGCUGGCUUUUCGGUGAAAAGCCACCACCACCGGGACAGAAACGAGUGAAGGAGGACUGGGAGAACAUUUGGGUUAUUGGAAUGUUCGGCACCAUGGCUUUCGCCAGUGUGAUGUUGUACUACAAGCCUGACACCAGCGUUCAAUCCUGGGCCUUGAAAGAAGCCAAGGAACGCAUGGAAGCUCGCGGAGAGAAAUACCAAUACGAACCCUCGACCUCGACGUCGUCCUCAUCAACGUCUUCCUAAUAGCAACCACAAUAUUCUUCAUUGUCGCCAUCCUCAUCCGCUAGAAAGUACCAAUAGAAUAUAUUCUAUUCGAGUUUCUUA